CUGUGUGAAGGGGGACCCCCAGGGCUGGACCCAUGAGGAGUCAAAGAAGAUGCUCGGAGCCUGGGCGCCUCUGCUCUUCUUAGCCAUGUGGGUGAGAAACGCCACCAGUGGCCCACUCUCAUUCAGAAUAGCUGCCAUUCUUGAUGACCCGAUGGAGUGUAGCCGCGGGGAGCGAUUGGCCAUCACUCUGGCGAAAGACAGCAUCAACCGUUCCAGCAACCGCUCCACCACAGGCAAACUGGAGGUGGACAUUUUUGAGCUGCUCCGAGACAGUGAAUACGAGACAGGGGAAACUAUGUGCCAGAUCAUGUCCAAGGGGGUUGUGGCGGUCCUGGGCCCCUCUGCCAGCCCGGCAUCCAACUCCAUCAUCAGUAAUAUCUGCGGUGAGAAAGAGGUGCCAUACGUGAAGGUGGCUCCGGAGGACAUACUGAAAGUACAGUUUCCUCGCUUUACCACACUGGACCUCAGGCCAACUAAUACAGACAUCAGCAUGGCUGUAGCUGGACUGCUAACGUUCUUCAACAGCAGCACUUCAUGUCUCAUAUGUGCUCAGGCCGAUUGCCUAUUAAACCUGGAGGUGUUACUGCGACAGUUUCUCAUCUCCAAGGAAACCCUUUCUGUUCGCAUGCUGGAUGACAGUCAAGAUCCCACCCCCCUUCUCAAGGAGAUCCGUGAUGACAAGACUGCCACCAUCAUAGUGGAUGCCAAUGCCACCAUGUCUCACAUCAUUUUGGAAAGGGCCUCAGAGUUGGGGAUGCUGUCAGUGUACUACACCUACAUCCUGACUUCCUUGGAAUUCUCUCUGCUACGAUUGGACGAUUUAGCUGAUCAACGAGUCAACAUCGUCGGGUUUUCAGUCUUCAAUAGAACACAUCCUUUCUUUCAGGACUUCGUCCUCAGCCUCAAUCGAUCCUGGCAGGAGAAUUGUGAUCAUGCUCCUUUUGCAGGAACACCAGUAGAGUUGGAAGGUCUAACAGGCCACAUUGAGUUCAACAGCAAAGGCCAGCGCUCGAACUAUGCCCUCCAGAUCAUGCAGAACAGCAGGGAUGGCCUAAGGCAGAUCGGUCAGUGGCAUUCAGAGCAGGGACUGUCCAUGGAGAGGAAGCUUCCAUCACUUAACGUGACAGACACACUAUUCAACACCACUCUCACCAUAACUACCAUCCUGGAGAAUCCAUAUGUAAUGCUGAGAGCCAAUCACCAGGAACUAGAAGGGAAUGAGCGUUACGAAGGCUUCUGCGUGGACAUGCUGAAGGAGUUGGCAGAUAUCCUGAAGUUCAAGUACCGCAUUCGGCUUGUUGGGGACGGCGUGUAUGGAGUGUCAGGCACCAAUGGCACCUGGACAGGCAUGGUGGGAGAGCUCAUCAGCAGGAAGGCUGACCUGGCUGUGGCCGCCCUGACCAUCACGGCUGAGAGGGAGAAGGUCAUUGAUUUCUCCAAACCCUUCAUGACUCUGGGGAUCAGCAUCAUGUACCGAGUGCACAUAGGAAGAAGACCGGGGUAUUUCUCCUUUUUGGAUCCGUUCUCUCCUGGGGUUUGGCUUUUCAUGUUGCUGGCAUACCUGGCAGUCAGCUGCGUGCUCUUUUUGGUGGCGAGGCUAACACCUUAUGAAUGGUACAACCCUCACCCCUGCCUGAAAGAGCGAUGUAGCCUGCUCAUUAACCAGUAUUCUCUGGGCAACAGUUUCUGGUUUCCUGUGGGCGGUUUCAUGCAACAAGGCUCCACCAUCGCCCCGAGAGCCCUGUCUACACGCUGCGUCAGUGGAGUAUGGUGGGCCUUCACCUUGAUCAUCAUCUCUUCCUACACAGCCAACUUGGCAGCCUUUCUCACUGUGCAGAGGAUGGAGGUGCCCAUUGAGUCCGUGGACGAUUUGGCUGACCAAACAGCCAUCGAAUACGGCACCAUGCACGGCGGGUCCACCAUGACCUUCUUCCAGAACUCUCGCUACCAGACGUACCAGCGCAUGUGGAACUUCAUGUACUCCAAGCAGCCCAACGUGUUCGUGAAGAGUACUGAGGAGGGCAUCGCCCGAGUGCUCAACUCUAAUUACGCCUACUUGCUGGAGAGCACCAUGAACGAGUACUACCGCCAGCGCAACUGCAACCUCACCCAGAUCGGAGGCCUGCUGGACACCAAGGGCUAUGGCAUUGGCAUGCCUCUCGGCUCAGUCUACAGAGAUGAGUUUGACCUGGCCAUACUCAAGCUACAGGAGGAAAACCGCUUAGAGAUCCUUAAGAGGAAAUGGUGGGAUGGUGGCAAGUGUCCGAAAGAGGAGGAUCAUCGAGCGAAAGGUCUGGGCAUGGAGAACAUCGGUGGGAUCUUCGUGGUGCUUGUGUGUGGUCUUCUGGUGGCCAUCUUUAUGGCGGUGCUGGAGUUUGUGUGGAUGCUACAUCAUACGCCAGCAACAGAGCUGUCCAUGUGCGAGGAGAUGCUACGAGAGCUGCAGGGCAUCGUGCUGUGUCAGGACAGCCUGCAGUUACGGCGCAGACGUGGAGCCAGUGUGUUGCGACCGCAGCCUCUGCCCCUGGACGAGCGACGGGCAACGAACCUCAGCAAUGGCAAGCUGUGUACAGGCACCGGCCUGCCCGAACCCCUCUCCCACAGACUGGCGCAGGAGGCCACCCUGGUGGCACGAGGGUGCAGUCACAUUCGCAUCUGCCCGGAGUGCCGGCGCUUCCAGGGCAUUCGAGUGCGCCCGGCCGGCCCUCCAGGAGCAUCGCCCACCCACAGCGAGGAGAGUAUAGAAUGGGAGAAGGGCACCAACAACAGUGAACACGAAUAACCUCUCUGAUCUGUGUCAGAUAGACGUUAAACCGACGGCUUUGCUGGACCCAGAGAUUAUGGGAACAUAGACUCCGGAGAAGGAGCUAAAGGAGAAGCUGUCCAUGCUGCUCGAUUCAGCCCAGGAGCUGCGACUGGAUUCUGUACACUGUCCUGGCGGCCCUCUGCUUUCGGGGGACACAGCAGAGGGGCUUUGUACUAUGCAGUAUAUUUGUCUAAAUGUGCUGUUGAUUUAUUUUUAAAUUAUUCCUCUUUUGUUGUGAUACCACUAUAUUGCUGUUAUCUCCUUCUCACGACACCCGUUUAGUUUCGUUUUUCACACCGUAGACGGCAGACGGCUGCAGACUCGAUCAACUAAGCGCAACCUUUUUUAGAGUGCCAAAAUACUUUGUAUUAAUUUUGUGCUGUUGCCGUCUCAUUCCAGCCCCUGAAGGAGUAACUAUUAAGGGAACUGAACACAAAAACAACUACGAUCUGUUUUUAUUAAUAGUUAUAUUCUAUUAAAAAGGUUUUUGGGAUGUUUCUGAAUGUUUGAUGUGCAUGUACGAGGGUCUUAGAUGCUACUGA